CUUUGUAUUCCUCUGCUUGUCUCACUCUCCUUUCUCUCUCUCUCAUCUCCAGCUCAUUAACUUACAUCUUCAACUUCUUAUAACUAAACACAACUUACAACUAAUUUUUAUAAUUUUCUUAUUUUUUUUGGAGAAAUUAUACAAUUUCAAGCAAAACCCAAUCAUAUCCACUAAAUCUAUGAUGUUUCUUAGCGUUAUUAUUAUGUUUUUGGGUGAUUUUCUUAACAAGAAAGUGUAGAUUUUUAGGGUUCUUUUUGUCCUUGGUUGGAGUGGAGAGAAUUUCUUCAAUUUAAUUGCUAAAAAUGUCUGGCGCUCAGAAAUCAAACCCAGAAAGAGUUGAUUCAACGAAGAAUCAACAACAACAACAAUUUAGAAGAGACCCAUAUGAAGUUCUCGGUGUUUCUCGGAACUCUACUGAUCAAGAAAUCAAAUCUGCUUAUCGUAAAUUAGCCCUAAAGUAUCAUCCUGAUAAGAAUGCAAAUGAUCCCAAGGCAGCGGAUAUGUUCAAAGAGGUCACGUUCUCGUACAACAUACUGUCCGAUUCUGAAAAAAGGCGUCAGUAUGAUGCAGCUGGUUUUGAGGCCGUUGAAUCUGAAAAUCAGGAACUUGAGCUGGAUCUUUCAAGUUUGGGAACUGUAAAUACAAUGUUUGCUGCACUAUUUAGCAAACUAGGUGUGCCCAUCAAGACCACAGUCUCGGCAACAGUGUUAGAAGAGGCGCUAAAUGGACAGGUGUCCGUGUCGCCUCUUCCACUGGGUCAGCCUUUAUUUAAAAAGGUAGAUAAACAAUGUGCCCAUUUUUACUCUGUGACGAUAACUGACGAGGAGGCGCAGGGUGGGCUUGUCUGCCGUGUGCAAUCAUCUGAUAAAAGCAAAUUUAAGCUAUUGUAUUUUGAACAGGAAGAGAAUGGUGGUUUAAGUCUUGCCCUACAGGAAGACAGCACCAAGACUAAAAAGGCUACAUCUGCUGGCAUGUUUUUUCUUGGCUUCCCUGUUUAUCGAUUGGAUCGUGCUGCUAUUGCGGCGGCAGCUGCUAAGGAUCCAGAUGCUGCCAUCUUUAAAAAGCUGGAUGGAUUUCAACCAUGUGAAAUUACCGAACUUAAAGCUGGAACCCAUGUAUUCGCUGUUUAUGGUGACAACUUCUUCAAAAGUGCAAGCUACACGAUUGAAGCUCUUUGUGCUUCGCCUUUUGUGAAAGAAAAGGGCGACCUUAGAGAAGUAGAAUCACAAUUACUAACGAAAAGGGGGGAACUCUCCAAGUUUGAGAGUGAAUACAGAGAAGUUCUUGCCAAAUUUACCGAUAUGACAAGUAGAUACACAAAAGAAAUGCAGUCGAUUGACGACCUUCUAAAACAGCGAAAUGAAAUCCAUGCGUCGUAUACAAUUACUCCUCCUAUGAAGCGUAGUUCAAGUAAACUAAAAAGGACGAGUUCAGCCAAAGAGCCUAAAGAAGAAGGGUGCACAACUAAUGCACGAGAAAAGAAGCCUUUUAGAGAUCGGUUGAAGAAGAAGAAAUGGUUUAAUAUCCACUCAAAGGUCGAUAAAAGGAAGCCUUGCUGAGCACUAGGAUGUCAUGACAAUGUUAUAAGCUUAUUCAUAAAUAUUCAGACGAGGCGAUGAGAAUUAUUGCUGUUUGGAUGAACGGUUAAAAUUAUUAUGUGACUGCAAUGUUGUGCAAAGGUUUAGGACGGAUGAGCAUGUCUGAAACACCGGGAUCUUCUUGUUCAUGCUAUUACCAGCAUCGAUACAUAUUGGUUUGGGUAGCUUCCCUUGUAAAGCUUCUAGUCAUUCAUUUUUAUUGUAAAAUUCAUUCUUGUAGUUUAAUCCUUUUUAGUUAUCAUCUUGCUAGAAAUCUCUUAAGUUUGAUGUAUUCUUAAAUUCUAAGACAAUACUUUUAAAGAAUCCAUUGGUUUAAUUUUCUACUGA